AUGUCACCUCUUCCUGAUGAGCAGCCUCCUUCACAGAUCAUCCUGCGGACCUCUUCCGUUAAAGGUCGGCUCUUUUCUUUCCUCCUCUUCAAGGUUAAAGCAUUGUGGGUGAUCAAAUGUGGAGAAUUGAUUGCAGUUGUUGAAAGUUUGAAGUCGUCAAGUCGCUCAGUGGAUACCCUGCCGAUUAUCCCGGUGCCAAAGGCUGCCAUGGUAAGACCUAUUAAUGUGGUUGGUCUCAUUGGUUUAUUGAAGUGGUCGAUCGACGUGAUUGUGACCAGUCUGCCGAUUUUAGACUGGUGUAUGUGGUCGUUCGAAGUAGAUGAUUGUUCGGACUGGUGGGUGACCGGUGUGCCGGUUAUCCUGAAGCUAAAUCUCGCCACGGUCAGAGUGGUUGUGAUCGAUAUUCGAAAUAGGUGCUUGAUCGAAGGUUGGUUGGCCAGUCUGCCGAUUUUCCUGAAGCCGAAGCCCGCCACGGUCAGACUGGCUGAUGUGGAUGUUCGAAGUGGCGGUUGA